AUGAACAACGAGUUUUCUUUAUUCACUUCACUUAGAUACGAUUCUCGUCUUCGGGAGGUCCCGAGCAAGGGCCUCAUCGGCGAGGGUUGGAACUUUGAAAACGAGUCAUCGCUCUAUAUGCUCGACUUCCACCGGGAUCGGAUGUUAAGGGCCGCAACACAUUGGAAAUGGCAAGCCGCUAUUGAUGCAUUGGCCGGCGAUGAUGGGCUUCAGAAAUUAGCUCGGCUAACUGAAGAAGUCAUUGGGUCGACUCAAACGAGUCCCUUGCGGGUCAGAAUCCUCGUCUCCCGUGAAGGUGAGAUCGAGGCCCAGAAGUUCGACACACCCGAACUUCCCCUAGAAAAUUUGUUUCCCGAACGACUACCUCCUCCGGGGUCCUCCAACUCUCCAGGCGAUCCAAAAAGAGAAGGCCCGUUCGCUCUGCUUGUGGAUCAUGCCGUGACCCCAAGGUCGGAGUAUACCCACUACAAGACCACGAAGAGAGAAAUGUACGACUCUGCUCGACAGCGGGCCAACAUCUCCCCGACAGACCCAAAAGAGCUUCUUAUUAUCAACAAGGAUGAUGGGUCAGUUAUGGAAGGAACCAUUACAACACCCUAUUUUUGGAGGCAUGGUCAAUGGGUAACGCCAACGGUUGCCGCCAAUUUUAGCUGGGAAGAUGGGAGUGGUGGCCAAGACGGAACUUCUAGGCGAUGGUCAUUGGAGAGGGGACUUGCCACGGAACAAGUUGUCAAAGCUGACUCCCUCGUUGACGGGGAGGAGUGCUGGAUUAGCAAUGGUGUAAGGGGGUUUGUAUGGACCAAGAUCAGCCUUAAGGAUCAACAGCAAUAA